GGGCUGGGUGGCAGAGGUAGCGGCGGCCCGGGGCAGCGUCCGGUCGGAGGCGGCGGGAGCGGCGGAGGAGGUGGAGACGGCGGCCGCUGCCCGGUCCCCGGCCCCCCGCGGCGGCCGGGCGAGCGCAGGAUGCUGAGAGCCGCCCCGCGCCCUGGUCGCGCCGCGGGGAAAGGCCUCCCCCCGGCCUGAAGGCGGACUCUCCCCGCACCCCAGCGCGCUUCCCUCACCCCCUUCCCCCUCCCCGCCUCCUUCAGCCCCUCACUCGCUCCUGGCGCCGCCUCCCGGCGGAGCGGCCGCGGCGGCUCCGGUGAGGGGGGGGUAAGAGCCAACUCCUCCCCGUCCGGCUCCUCCCGCGGCGGCGCGGGAGCGCGGGGGGCGGCGGAAGAUGGCGUGGGUGCUGAAGAUGGAUGAAGUGAUCGAGUCCGGGCUGGUGCACGACUUCGACGCCAGCCUCUCCGGCAUCGGGCAGGAGCUGGGAGCCGGUGCCUACAGCAUGAGUGAUGUUUUGGCACUGCCUAUUUUCAAGCAGGAAGAUUCCAGCCUUCCACAAGAAAAUGAGACCAAACAUCCACCCUUCCAGUAUGUUAUGUGUGCUGCAACGUCUCCAGCAGUAAAAUUAUAUGAUGAAACUCUUACAUACUUGAAUCAAGGUCAGUCCUAUGAGAUCCGGAUGUUGGAUAAUCGGAAAGCUGGAGACAUCCCAGAGAUCAAUGGCAAACUGGUGAAGAGUAUUAUAAGAGUUGUGUUCCAUGACAGAAGGUUGCAAUAUACAGAGCACCAGCAGCUAGAAGGUUGGAAGUGGAACCGCCCUGGGGACAGACUUCUCGACUUAGAUAUUCCAAUGUCUGUUGGAGUUAUUGAUAUCAAGACAAAUCCAAGCCAGCUCAAUGCAGUUGAAUUUUUGUGGGAUCCAACAAAAUGUACAUCUGCUUUUAUUCAGGUACAUUGUAUCAGCACUGAAUUUACCCCUCGGAAACACGGAGGAGAGAAAGGAGUUCCAUUUAGGAUUCAGGUUGACACUUUUAAACAGACUGAAAAUGGAGAAUAUACAGAUCAUCUGCAUUCAGCCAGUUGUCAAAUCAAAGUUUUUAAGCCAAAAGGAGCAGACAGGAAACAGAAAACAGACAGAGAAAAGAUGGAAAAGCGAACUGCGCAUGAAAAAGAAAAGUAUCAACCUUCAUACGACACCACGGUUCUUACAGAGAUGAGGCUUGAGCCUAUAAUUGAAGAUGCAGUUGAACAUGAGCAGAAAAAGUCCAGCAAGCGGACUUUGCCAGCAGACUACGGUGAUUCUCUGGCAAAGCGAGGCAGUUGCUCACCGUGGCCUGAUACUCCGACAACGUUUGUAAACAACAGUCCUACUCCUGCUCCCACUUUUACCUCUGCUCAACACAACACCUACAGCGUCCCGGACAGCAAUUCUUCUUCCCCAAAUCAUCAAGGAGAUGGAACCUCUCAAGGAUCUGGAGAUCAGCUUCAUCCUUCAGCCACAAUCCAGGAAACUCAGCAAUGGUUGCUCAAGCAUAGGUUCUCUACCUAUACAAGGCUUUUUUCAAAUUUCUCAGGUGCUGAUUUAUUAAAGCUGACGAGAGAAGAUCUGGUACAAAUCUGUGGUCCGGCCGAUGGGAUUCGGCUCUAUAAUGCACUGAAAUCCAGGUCUGUCAGGCCCCGUUUAACGAUCUACGUCUGUCAGGAGCCAUUAAGGAGCAUACAACUGGAACAACAAGACGCAGGCAACGGCGACAGCAGCAAUGGUGCAAUAUACGUUUAUCAUGCAAUCUACUUAGAAGAAAUGGCAGCCUCGGAAGUCACGCGCAAGCUUGCUUUGGCAUUUAAUAUCCCUUUGCAUCAGAUCAACCAGGUUUACAGACAGGGUCCCACAGGCAUCCACAUUCUUGUCAGUGACCAGAUGGUUCAAAACUUUCAAGACGAGAGUUGUUUCUUAUUCACCACAAUAAAAGCUGAAAAUGGUGAAGGCUUCCAUAUAAUUUUGAAGUGAUGUCAGACGAUUGCCAGACUGCUCCUCCACCGCAGAACGCAGUCCUGCCUAAAGAUUAGGAAGAUCAUCCACAACAUUCGGAUCUAACUUCACCGUAUAAGAUGUUUCAUAUUGAAAACACAAAAGAAAAAAAAAAAAGAAAAAAAAUAUCACCUUUCUAAUGAGCUGUUUGAUAGGUGAACUUUCUUAUCACUGCCAUAGCUAAGUGUCCUCAUGAGAGGUAUAAUGCCAUGACAGCUGACGUACAGGCAUGGAAGACAAUGUAAGCAAAGGUGCUUGCCCUUUACUGAAAAUAAGGCAAAUUAUGGCCAGUAGAUACAGUUUCUAGAAGCGAAGCACUGGUGCUUCUCUGUGACCUGUAUCCAGUUGGAGAUGAAUGUAAACUUAUUUGGGGGCAUUUACCUUUCUGUGCCAGUUUGUCUAUUACUUGCUUGUACCUUCCGCUGGUUUUAUUUUUUUGAUGUUAGCAGAGCACAUAUUAAUCUGUGUGGAGAUGAGUAGUUAAAGCUGAUAGUGAUCAGGUUGUCGGGUCUUUGAGAGUAAAGCUGUCAAAACAGCUUCCCGUGUAAAUUGUGUAUAAGAGUGUAUGUAAGAAGUGUAAAUGCCAGAACAGGGCUUUGAAGAAGCCCUAGACAGAUGCAAUAUAUGCAUGCAGCAAACUGCAUUAUCAGUAGUACCUUACCGGAGGGAUUAAUAGAAAUCCUCUGGGGUACCAAGUAAUUGUGUUUUGCUUUAACAAAUUUAAUGGAAAAUAAUUGCCUAUGCAUCCUUUAUGUUUAGUUUCCUAGGUUCUCUGCGGAGCACUGCUGCAUUUUAACUCUUUGCUUGUAAAAUUGUGGGUUUUAAAAAUACUAGCAGUGAGAGAUGGUUUUUUUUCUGAGUUAGUGGAAUUAUGCUGAUGAGGGACGAUGACCCACUGGCACCAUGGGGCUGUCAUUGCUUUCAGCAACAUCAACUGAAUUGCUUAAAAAACACUAAAUAUACACCAUUUAGGUCUCCUUCCCAGCAGGUGACUGCCUUGCUGUAGUUGCUGUUAUGGACAAGUAGCUCACCUUUUCUGUUGGCCUUUCUUCGCCCUCCGAUCGGACUGUACAACAGCUACAGUGCCUCUGCCCUAUGACCAAAUAGUUACUUUUCUUUGAAACAGGCAAACGUGCUUUUUCAAUAGUUUGGAUAUUUCUUGUAAAGACAUGGCUCAGCAUUUCCUACGUUAACAUUAAGUUUCGACUAGUUAGGUACUUAGAGGGGAAUAUUCCAAAAGGUAUGAAGCGACAGUUUCAUAGCUGGUUUGAUUUUUUUUUAAUUUUUUUUUUGCCUUUGACAAGUUCCACCUGGAUCUCUGGCUUAAAACGCUCGGGAACAGUUUGCUUUUUAUGCUGCAGGGUUCAAUGUAAACAACUGCUACAGCAUGUAAAAAAAAAGCAAUUUUGAUUUUUUCAUUCCCUCUUUUCAUAACUGUCUCAAGUGCUUAGCAGAAAAGCUUCUUAAAGCUGUAGCAUUUUGAAAAUUUUAAUUCAUCAACGCUAGAGUUUCUUUCCUUUUUUUUUUUUUCUGCACUGAAAGUAAAAUUUUACUACAUACCUAAACAUUUCUGCCUAUAAGUUGUUCAUCUUUGGGUAUUGUUUGGUCCUUGUACUUUCUUGAAUUGACACCUGUGUCUUUUCAGCUCACACCGUAUUCAAAUCCAAAUGUUUUAUAAAAAAAGUGGAAAAAUCCUUGAUUGGAAAGUAUCCAAAUACCUAAUUUUAAAGAAUAUUGAAAGUUGUACAGUAGUUUGUCCAGCUCACUUGAAAUUGGAAUUAAAUUAUGGCACCAGCAAAUUGCUUUUGUUUUUUAAUAAGAUGUACACAUUUCAAUUUAAGUAUAAUAAAUGUUUUUCAAUAAUUUUGUAAA